AGUGCUGAGCUGUACGUUCCCGGUCCGGGCGACAGUGACCCAACUAUGCCGCUUUAUCAGACUUGGGAGGAGUUCACUCGCGCAGCGGAGAAACUCUACUUGUCCGACCCAAUGAAGGUCCGAGUUGUACUCAAGUACCGACAUUGUGAUGGGAAUCUGUGUAUUAAAGUAACAGAUGAUGUUGUUUGUCUACUCUAUAGGACAGAUCAGGCUCAAGAUGUAAAGAAAAUUGAGAAAUUCCACAGUCAAUUAAUGAGACUGAUGGUAGCCAAAGAAUCCCGCAGUGUUGCCAUGGAAACAGACUGAAUAUCUGGAAAUAAAAUGAAUGUUCCAGUCACGUAUCAUGGGAGGAAUGUAUCUGUUGGAUUUGGGCAUAUUUGGAAUGGACACACGAUGGCAUCAAGUGGACUAUUAAAAUUGAGUUUUGUAAGGAUUUGGGGGCUCCACUUCAGAGUGGCUGGUAGACUAUAUGCUUUCAUUGAAAGCUUCUAUUUAUUUUUCUUUCAAUUUGAGUGAGGAAAUAUAUAUGUUCUUUCCUGGAAUUCUUAAAGGUUAAAGUAUACUCAGCCAGAUUUAUAACUUCCUUUCUUAAAUCUUUAGGACAUUGCCUAAAAAUGGAAGGGGUUCUCUGAUGGGUUGAAGAAUGCUGUUAUAUAGAAGGGGGGUUGUGGAAUUUUAUGUUGUUAAAUUAGCGAUGUAUAAUCUUUAUAUAUUGAUGUAUUAUUUAGUUGGCAAAUAACAUCUGAUAAAAUGUUCUACUGGAAAAACAAGAAUGUUUGUGAAUGAUGUGUCUAGACUUAAAGAUUCAGAACUGAUUCUAGCUUCAUAAACAUAUAAACUGAAAUAUGUUCUGUUUGUUAAUAGGCAAAUGCUAAAAACAGCUUUUCUGUACUGUAUUUAAGAUUCUAGUAAAGACACUUUCAGUGAGAUGAGCAGCAUACAAGUUUGAUGAAUAAAUACUGUGUUUCCCCAAAAAUUAGACCCUUAUAGUUUUGCCACCAAAAAAGGCACCUGGUUUUAUUUUGGGGGGAGGGGGUAUCAUCCACUGAUUCACCUCACUUGCGUGUAUUGCCCCUGGCCCCUUUUUCGUUAUCAGAGGCUUUCAGAAACUUCUUCGUCCGGCAAGGCCAGCAAGGCGUUCCUGAAGGCCUCUGCAGCCGAUAACAGCACUCCGGAUCAAUUCGGAGCUCUAUAAUCGGCUACAGAGGCCUUCAGGCCUUGCCGACUGUAGAAGAAAUGGGCCAAGGUGUGCGAGGCCUGGCUACAACUGUCCGAAGGUAUGUAGUAGGGCAACAACAACCCACUCCCUAGCUUAAUUAACCCUACCUUAAAUGCAGGAGAAAGCUAGUGCGCGUUCAAGGGGGGGAGAAAUGGCGGAGAUCUGGGAAGGCCCCGCGGAUGUGUGGCAGAGACCUGAAGACUAGCUGGCCAGUGGGAGGCGCAUGCAUGCAUGGUGGAACUGGAUUGGGCGACGGCUGGCAUGCCCAGAGAGAGGGCUCUGCGUGCCACUGAUUCACCAUUAUGACUAUAGAGUUAUCAGCUUCUCUAGGGAAUUGCAAUGAUCAGAGAUGUGCAACGCUUACUGUUCCAGAGAUGAAAUGUUUUAGGAAAUAUGGAAAUUUUUAAAAUUUGAAUUAUAUCAAUCCAGCUGUCUCUGUGGUCCAUUUCUCUGAAUUGUUGCUUUGAAUAUACAGUAGAAAGUUAUACAGAGACGUCAGAACUAAUGCUUCUCAUAAUUUUAUACUAUUGGUUUAAUUAAUUAGUUCGAAGACCAUCAUUGUAUGGGGCAGGGCUUAGUUUAUUAUGCAAGGUUGAUUAUAUUGUAAGAAGAAACUAUUUCUCACUCUACUUGAGCUAGUUGGCUUUGAAAUCAAUUUUGUAAUUUCAGAACAUUAUAAAUAAGUGAGCCCCUGUGGUGUUUUCUUUAACUAAAAUAUGCUGUUAUAAUCUUAUGAAGAAUUAUAAUCUAGAAAAGCACUCUUCAUACUUGAACUAAUAAACUGCUCUUUAGAAACUAAAUUCAAAUUGAAAAAUGAGCAGGAAGAUACUAGUUUCAAUUAACUUUUCUGUUUGGGAAAAAAAAUCAGAGCUUCACAGUGGUCAAAAGUAUUUAACUAGUUUGUUUUACCGCACUAAUUUAAAAAACUUCCAGUAAGUGGAACCUGCAGUAUGUAAUGCUUCUAAUCGGUAUCACCCAUACUAUCUCCCAGGACACUCCAUUCACCUUUAUUUCCUCCCUUGCUUGUCAGUCGGCAUUAUGUGCCCCCUCAGCAUGCUUAAAAAAUCCUGGAACAUUCUCAAGAGCAAUUGUUCAUCAACUUUAAGACAAGUGGAUUUCAACUCCCAAUGCUGGCUGGGGAAUUCUGGGAGUUGAAGUUCACUUGUCUUACAGUGGCUUAGGUUGAGAAACAUUGCUCUAGACUUCCCCACAAGAACAACAACAAGAAAAGUUACUUUCUAGCUGGAAAUUUUCAGGAUUGGUUUACACACACCCAUAUACUAUAUACAAGCCUCUAUCCUUUUUAUGGAUUUUUGCACCACUGAAAAUUAACCACUGAAAUUUUUUGCUGAAAUUCAAUGUAUCUAGAAAGCAACAAGUUUGAGAAACCUGAUGAGAAAAGUUUUCUGAAUACUUCAGACCAUCAUGAAGUCAGUUUAUUUGGCUGAUGAAUACACUCAUUUCAUGUGAUUACUUCUGCUAACAAAAUAGGAUUUUGAGGAAAAAAAUCUGCCAGCUAUUCAAAAAAGCAGACACUGCUAUAGAAAUAAGUUUAUGAGAAUGCUAAUAUAUCUAUUUUCCUUCCUUUCUGAAGUAAUGCUAAGUCACACUUCUGGAACACACCUCCCAUUCAGGCAUUCCUCAUCUCCCCUCCCCCAGCUCCUGCCCAGUCAAUUUUGCAUAAUAUAAAGUAUAUUAUUCAUAGUUUUUCAAUGUAAUUUAUAGGCCAAGUUUGGAAUCUUAAUAACGUCUAAAUAUCGUUUGAGCUUAAAUGGUCUUUGGGGGAUGGUAGAGAACAGGAAGGCCUGGAGGAAAGUUGUCUAUGGGGUCACGAUGGGUCGGACCACAACUUCGCAACUAACAACAACAAAAAUACAUCUUUACAUCUUAUAACUGAACAAGGUUAUGACUCGAGGCCCAAUGCCGAAAGGAUUUAUAAGAUUUAGAAAAACAAACACAAGAUCUAUUUUAGAUCUCUUGUUUUGCCUCUUCCAGUUCUUCUCUGUCCUUGUUCUUUUUAAAAAACCUCUCCUCCUUUUUUUCAUCUUUUCAUCAAAACUGGCCCAAGAUAAAAAUCGAAAUAAUAAAAAAAUAAUAAUAAAUAUUUGGCUGCUUGCAGUUAAGGAUAAAAUGGUACUAAUUUAUGGUACUAAUUUCACAUACAGGUGUGUGAACUGGGCAGUCGUUCAGGCAGCACUGCCCCAUGAUAUAGGGAGCUGCAGUCCAACGCCUUCAACCUCAGGGAGUUUAGGAGAAAUGAGUACAAGCGAAGACCUGGGCUGUCCUCUAUACGCGGACCCAAGCAGGAGUUUCUUAAGAACUACAUUUCCCAGGCUUCUUCAGGUUUAAGUUUCCGUUCCCUACCUUAACCGCGCCGGGCUUGUGUUGGAAAUGCUGGGGGGGGGGGGGGGGUCUGACCUUUUUUGGGAAGGAUGAGGGAUUGAUGUGAUUGCGGAGAGCUCUUACUUUGUAAUGAAAAUUUAAGCCUUCCAUAUAUUAUGCAUUCUCUCUUCUGUGUUGAUUCCUUCCUCACUGACAACAUUCACACCGCUUGUCAACAGCUAAGCAGCCGCAGGGGAAUCUUUUUCGAUCGUGGAAAUGAGCUUCAUAUCUUGCUCAGGCAAGGUGUUUGCGAGAAAAAUUUGGGCAUAUGGGUGGGAUAGUCCAUCUCCCGCUAGCGUUUCCUAACGCAGCACUAUAAUUGGGAGAAAACGAAGCAUGGCGUAGGAACCUGAGCCAUGUCACGAUUCGGUCCGAAAAGAUUUGUCUUUUUUCUCCCGAUACGUGCUGCAUUUACACGAUUUUGUGUUUAAGCUUAUGCUCUCGAGUCCCACAACUUGUGCAAGCAAGUACUCGAUUGUAUGCAAUUUGUAAAGUAACGACGAGCAAACUUGGGGGUUGAAAAGUCGCAACCUCCUCUACGAUCACUGAGAUUUAAGAUUUGCUUAAGAAAUUUCAGGGUGCGGAGACGAAUGCUUUUUAAAAAAAACAAAACAAAACAACAAAACAAGAUGUAGGUUCCAGUUGCAAUUUUAAAAAGCUUUAAAUUGUCGGUGAAGAUCUCACGUUGGAAAUAAAUAAGUAGCCAAUGUCCGCUAAACCUAUCAACCCGAACCUCUUAUUUUAUUAAUUGGGUCACUAAAGUUCCUAUUAAGGCUGUUAUUUUUUGAUCUUCUGUUUUAACCCUGCCACACCCAAAUUCAAUGGUGUUGAGAAAUCCUCCUCCUAUUUGAAGGAACUGUAGGAAAAGAGAUGGGAGAAAUCUGGAAUGUUCCUCUUUCCCCAUGGAUCAAAAUGAGAAUUAAAAUGUAGCCUUCAUAGCCUGUCAAAUACUGCCGCUUUUCAAGAUGCAUCCUUGAUCCCCUGACAACAGCAAAGUUGGUUUUUUUCCCACAACAAAAAAACUUCAAAAAGAGACCCUUGCUUAUAACUGCAUGAUUUCAGCUGGCAAAACCUUAAAUAAGAAAAUGGGUUUUGAGUUUACUUCCCAUGUUUCCUGUUAUAACCAGACUUGGAUGACAGCAUCUUAUUCCAAAGACAACUUGAUUCAGACAAUCAAAACCUGAGAACAGAGAAUGAAACAGAUCAGUCUGGAUUACAACUUUCAUUAGAAAUCUUUACUUUUUGGGAAUUUCUAAGGCUCUGAUGGCAUCUCAGAACAAUUAAUUUUUGCACUUUUGCUUUCGUGUAUUUUUAUUAAGACUUUUAGGCUCAGCUUUUGCACUUUUUUGUUCUUGGAUUUGGCUGAUGGCAACCUAGCUUUCUUCUCCACGAGUUUCUGAAAUUACUGUCUGAAGAUUACUUGUAUGGGAUAGGAAUUAAGAGUGUCAAUUUAAGACUGAGGGAUUCAGAGGCCAUGAAAUUCAUUGAGGAACUGUGGUGGUCAUCAUUUUUCAACUUGCCUUGUAAGGUUGCUUGGGGAAUGAAAUGGGGAAUGGCCACCUACUGCAUUAGAAUAGAAUAGAAUAGAAUAGAAUAGAAUAGAAUAGAAUAGAAUAGAAUAGAAUAGAAUUUUAUUGGCCAAGUGUGAUUGGACACACAAGGAAUUUGUCUUGGUGCAUAUGCUCUCAGUGCUCUUAGUUGUUCAGAGAGGGCAGAGAUCAGGCAGCAACAAGAAGAAGGAUCAUCAAAGCUUGUGACUCCAGGUGGCAACAGAGGUUGAGCAAUUCCCAGAAAAUAAAGAUGUCUGGUCUGUUCCAUCCUCUGUUCUCAGGUUUUGAUUAUCUGAAUCAAGUUGUCUCUGGAAUAAAAUGCAGGUGUUCAGUUUCCAUAGAAACUGACAACAGUCCCUUGUCUGCAACUGUAAGACAUUUAGACAAAGUGAAAGGAAAUAUUUGAAAUCAUUUUUGGCUGUUAUUUGGGAUCUUAUAUAUAUUAUUGAAUAAUUUAUUCUUUUGCAAAAAUGGUUUAUAUUAUAUGCAAUACUGCAUAUAAUAUAACAAUAUUACAAUAUCACAAUAUAAAUAUUAAAAUAAACAAUUCAAUAACUAUCAAGAUAUAAAAAUGCAAUUUUGAAAAAUUAUCCUAGCUUUAUUAUUUUAAUAAAUAAUUCAAGGUGAUGAACAUACCUAAUACUUCUUCCUAUUUUUCCCAAAACAACCCCUCUUUGGGAUGAGUUGAGCUGAGAAAAAGUGACUGGCCCAAGGUCACCCAGUUGGCUUUCAUGCCUAAGGCAGGACUAGAACUCAUAGUCUCCUGGUUUCUAGCUGGGUACAUUAAUCACUAGACUAAACUGGCUCUGAAUACUUAUUCAGCUAAAAAUCUAAAAUCAUAUAUAUGGGUUAAUUAUCUACACAAGGGCAUACACACUUAACUUUGUAAACUGCCUUGAAAUUUUAAUGAAAAUCUGUGUUAUACUUUGAAUAAAUAAAUACAGCUUGUACAGUAUAUACAGUUUGGCCAUUGUUUUAAAGAACAAAGAAAACUUUAAUGCUGUGAAUUCUUAUCUUGGAAUAAUCCCCAAUGAAUAUAUUGGGAGUUAUCUAAGUAGAACAUUAUAAGAUUGCUUUGCAUCUGAAAUUUAAAGCAAUGAUAAGGUUUUUAGGAAGAAAACUGAAACCUUCAGAAAUGGGCUUCUGAAGCCAAGAUCACAGUUAUGAUCUGUAUCAUUUAUCUUCUAGCAGAAGUUUUAAUUCUGUGUUUGACUAGACUUGCAACUGCUGUUCUUUUGUUAUUGGUUUAGUGUCCAUGUAUAUUUCUCCAAAGUGAAUAUACCUAUAUGAUCAUGUGUCAUUUGUCAUCAUUACAUAUCAAGAACCACCAAUCUAACUUGCAUGGAAAUUGAAAGCUGUCCAUCAAUUUCUUCUGAUUCUGGUACACAAAGUCCUUGACUUCAAUAGUAAUUCUGUUGACAUCAUCAAGGCAUGAUGUGUGGAACUUACUUUCCCCUUCCCAAGACUGUUGAGUAAUUAGACUUCAGUGAAUGGCCCCCCACAUGCCGCUGUUAAUUCUUCUCAUCAUUUUGCUGUAACAAUUGGCACAUGAUAUUGCAUGAAAUUUAACAAAA